CGGUGGACAAGCGCCUCCAAAUCCAGGGUUGUUCCGAGGGCCGUCGGAUCGCUCGCGAUCUUGAUCGUGCGCCGCCGAGCACUUGGUCCAUUCUGCAUUUCGCCAACAACCAGUAGCAUCAUGUUCCGCACUGCUUUUGCCCGCGCCACCCGCGCUGCGCCGCGUGCCUUUGCCCGGUCGCUCAGCGUGUCGUCGGCCCGGCGGCCAGCGUUCGCGUCGCCGAGCACGGCGCUCGUCGGCGCCUUCUUCGUGACGACCGCCGCGUCCAUCUCGCUCUUGCAUGCCAAGGAGGCCAAGAAGCCCGACCUCGACCAGAUCCGCAAGGAGAUUGUCGACCUCAUGGACGACGACGCGUUGAUUGGCCCGACCUUUGUGCGGCUCGCGUGGCACUCGUCGGGCAGCUACAGCAAGCACGACCACUCGGGCGGCUCCAAGGGCGGCACCAUCCGCCACAAGCCCGAGAGUGCCCAUGGCGGCAACGCCGGCCUCGACAUUGCCGUGGCGCGGCUCGAAGCCAUCAAGGCCCGCCACCCCGAGAUAACCUUCGCGGACCUCAUCAUCUUUUCUGGUAUUGCCGCGAUUGCUGAGAUGGGUGGUCCGGACGUUGGGUUCCGCAUCGGCCGCAAAGACGUCCAGGCCGGCGAGCUCGUGACGCCCGAUGAUCGUCUUCCGAACGCCGACAAGGGCUCCAAGCCGUCGACGAUCAGCCACAUCCGCGACGUCUUUUACCGCAUGGGCUUCAACGACCGCGAGAUCGUUGCGCUCGUCGGCGCCCACGCGGUCGGCCGCUGCUACCCCAGCCGCAGCGGCUACACGGGCCCGUGGACCCGCGCAGAGACGACGUUCUCGAACGAGUACUUUCGCGAGCUCAUCGAGAACAAGUGGACGAUCAAGAAGUGGAAGGGCCCCGAGCAGUACGAGGACCCGACGGGCGACCUCAUGAUGCUGCCGUCCGACAUGGCGUUCCUCUGGGACCCCGAGUUCAAGAAGUACGUCGAGCUCUACGCCAAGGACGAAGACGUCUUCUUUGCCGACUUUGCCAAGGCGUUCCAGAAGCUCACGGAGAACGGCGUCGCCUUUGAGUAGACGAUGAGGAGACAAC